UGAAGCUAACUACGUAGCCUCGUUAGCUUCAUUGAAACUUGAACUUCAUACGUGUUGGUUAACUCAGAUGGGUUUAAGUGAAACAUAUUUAGAGGGGGGGAAACACCCGAAAUGGAAUCGACAAGCUGUGCGGGUGCUGCGGGUGCUGCGGGUGCUGCGGGUGCUGCGGGCUCGGGAAUGACCGGACCAAGCAGCGGCCCCGGUGUUCAGAACUGGGCCGACGGGUCCAGAUAUGAGGGCGGAUUUUUAGACGGCCUCAAACACGGAAAAGGAAAGUACACCUUGAAAAAUGGAGAGUAUUAUGAGGGUUUUUUCUACAAAGACUUCAAGCAUGGGGGUGGUCUUUACUGCUGGCCCACGGGCCACAAGUUCACUGGCAAGUUCUACCUCAACAGAAGGGAAGGAUACGGUGACCUCAUCUUCCCAGAUGGAACCACCUUUCAGGGUUUAUACCACAUGGACCAGAGGCUCGGGCCUGGUGUGCUUACGUAUUCAGAUGGACGACAGGAUGUGGGUCUGUGGCUUGGGAAACACUUGAUAAAGCUCUGUGCCGCCGUAGAAGAAAGUUUUAGCCUCAACAACUUCCCUGAGUACGCCACCUUUAGGCAGCCUUCUGUCAACUCAGGAUCACAGACUCGGCUCCAUUCUGUCUCGAGCGCUUUGGACACAAAAACCAGGACUGAUUUUCAGGUAAACGGGAAUCUGCAGAUAGAUGAGAGUUUUAUCCUCCCCGCCGGCAUUGAGACACACUCCACAGAUGGUGACCAUUUGCCGCUCCCUCCUGCUGUCAUACAGAAACACAGACGGCUAGCUGAAAAUGCUGGGUGGAACGUUGCAGCUGUUCUUUCCAUGAAUAGAGAACGCUUUGGUCCAAAGGGGUCGCUCGAAGUCGGGUCAGAGCUUUUGAUUCAGAACAGCUUCAGAGGGGAUUUCCAGGCAGUGUCGCGGAUCCUCCGGGAUGGUUUGGUCCAUCCUGAUGUAGCAGAUUCAACAGGACACACUGCACUGAUGGCCGCAACCGUAAACUGCCAUAAUGAUGUGAUCCAUCUGUUGCUGGAUAUGGGUGUUGAUAUUGACAAGUUGAACAGUGAAGACAUGUCUGCCCUGGCUGUGUGCCACGUCCUCUACUACCCUUUUCAUUCCCUGAACACAGCUUGGAUGGAAACACCUAGCAAAUCYCCAGUUUUGAUGUCUUCAAGUGAGAGCAGUCUACAGAUCAGCCAAAGUGACUUCACAUCAGCUGCACCUGGAUUUAACAACAGAUCUCCAGUCUGCACCAAUGUGGAGAUUCAAACCGACGACCGCCUCUCAGAACAGACACCCGAAGAACUAACUGAACACACCUCAGACAACAACAGUAAAAAUAUCCCUGCAGACAAUGAACACCUUCAAGAGGAGGAAGAGGAGGAUGAAGACCGUGAACAUGCAGAACRAGUGGGAGAGGAACAAAGCACUGGGGAGGACGAAAACAAAAGCARCGAGGAGGAAAGGCAAACAGGGAGCAAAGAAGCGAUGGAAAAUGGAAAGUUUGAAAGUAAUGAAGUUGAGUGUGCUAGAACAGAAGCGGAGUCAAGAAAAACAAAAACGGAGGAAAACGAUGAGGCUGAGGCAGAUGUGGAGAGUUCAAGUGAGAGUGACGAGGAGACAAGGGGACAAACGAACAAGUCGACACCAAAACAGUCCCGUGACUCGAACUGUUCAGUCAGUAGCUACGACAUUUUCGUAAGAGAAGAAAAGCUGCAGCUCACAGAAGAAGCACAGAGCCACACAGGAGCGUCUCAGAGCUGUGACUCACAGGAGGCGGAGCGCUCUGUGGCAGCCAUGAAAAUCCCGCAGCAUGUGCGCUUGAAGACCUUGAACCUGUUACUGGAACGUGGAGCUGACCCCAACCUGACCAGGGUUCCCGUGCCUGUUCUUUUCUUUGCCAUCAUGGCAGGUGACUCUGAAGCUGUCAAAAAGAUGCUGCUGUGUGGAGCUCGUGCUGACGUUCCCCUUCCACCAGAAAAAAAAGGCUUGUACCCUCUGCAUGUGGCUGCCAUGCUGCCAGGUCCAGAAGGUCCCAUCAUCACAGAGCUUCUUCUGCAUUCUGCCAUUGAYCCAGACGUGCAGGCAUGUGACCAGGAUGAGAUCUAUGAACCAGACAGGAAGUCCGUGAUGGCUGUGGAACCACCAAGGAACCCAAAGCUUAAAGAGGGGGGCCGAACUGCCCUGCACAUAGCCUGUCAGAGAAACACCGAUUACACGAAUGCCUGUAAAGUGGUGGACCUCCUGCUCUCACACAGAGCCAGCACAAACCUACUCUGGAGUGGACAUUCUCCUCUCUCUUUGGCCAUAGCAAGUGGCAACGAACUGGCAGUGGAGGAGCUUUUGAAGAGAGGUGCAGAUCCUAACCUUCCUCUGGGUUUUAGAGUGGGAAGCGCCCUCUGUGCUCUUGUCAACACCAACUACCAAUUAUGUGGCAACAAACCUAAACUGUUGGACAUGUUAGCUAAGGCUGGUGCUGACAUCCUGAUGCCGGUUACUGUGGGCGGUGCUGUGGGAACUGCAGUGGAUUAUGCAUACUACUCAUUCAACAAGAACCUUAGGACUACACCCAAUUUGUUGUACGCUCAGAGGAUUUUGGARAGGGAAACAGCCAACGCACAACGCUCACUGCUCCGCAUGAUGACUAAUUUACAGAAACAAUCAGCAAGCCAGACGACAAAGCUUACAAUAAAUAAUGAUCUUCGCUCAAAUGCACCGACAGGCAGCAGAGAAGAAUUAUCAACUGAAGAGACAACUGAAAACUACCGAGAACCCAGGCUGAAGUUCUGCUAUCACUGUGGUCGCUCUGCGUCUGUGAGGUUGACUGCAUGUGCUCGUUGCUGCAAGGUCUUCUUCUGCUCUGAGACCUGCAGGCUCACAGGACUGAACGAAGGGCACAGAGAGGAGUGUUUCCAGGUUUCAG